GUUUCAGUAUAAACAAGGCAUCCGACUGGUUGGGCGGAAUCUUUUUCCUUCUUCCCGCGCGCUUUCGCUCCCUGUCCUUUGGUUGCGUUGGUGGGCGCGCGGCAAACAGCCGGGAAGUUCGAGGACCCGGGGUCCAUCUGCAGUGUUCAACCACAGCCGGGCUGUUUCAGUUGUUUUGAACCUCAGCUUAUGCAGUCAAAACACAGUGAGAAUCCCUGCCAAACAAGGCAGAUGGAGUAUCCAGAAAGGCAUCCGCAGGCAGUGAGCCUUACGCAGUGGGAGUGCUGACAUUCUCAGAGCCUUCCGCCCUGCGCAUCUCAGUGUCUCUUAGGGGAGCAUCCUCGGGGGAAUCAGAGGAAUGAAGGACUGUGGAAAAGAGGGACCUUUUCCAGCACCCAGGAUUCCACAGUAUAAGAACGUAUGACUAAGGAAGGGGGAGACAGCCUAAGGAGUUGAAAGUAUAUGGCAAGGAAAGCAUGCCUCAGACUCCUCCCUUUUCAGCAAUGUUUGACAGCAGUGGCUACAACAGAAACCUCUAUCAGUCUGCAGAGGACAGCUGUGGAGGGUUGUGUUACCAUGACAACAACCUCCUCUCCGGAUCCCUGGAAGCUCUCAUCCAGCACUUAGUACCCAAUGUGGAUUACUAUCCGGAUAGAACGUACAUAUUUACCUUCCUACUCAGUUCUCGGUUAUUUAUGCAUCCGUAUGAGCUAAUGGCCAAAGUUUGCCACUUAUGUAUUGAGCACCAGAGACUAAGUGAUCCUAAUGGUGACAAGAACCAGAUAAGAAAAAUCGCACCCAAGAUUCUUCAACUCCUGACAGAAUGGACAGAAACAUUUCCUUAUGAUUUUCGGGAUGAAAGAAUGAUGAGAAACUUAAAAGAUCUGGCUCACCGAAUAGCCAGUGGCGAGGAGACAUAUAGGAAGAAUGUCCAGCAGAUGCUCCAGUGUCUAAUCCGCAAGCUCGCUGCGCUCAGCCAGUACGAGGAGGUCCUGGCGAAGAUCAGCUCCACGUCGACAGAUCGGCUCACCGUUCUCAAGACCAAGCCCCAGUCCAUACAGAGGGACAUCAUUACGGUCUGCAGUGACCCUUACACGCUGGCCCAGCAGCUGACUCACAUAGAGCUGGAGAGGCUCAAUUAUAUUGGCCCAGAAGAAUUUGUUCAGGCAUUUGUGCAGAAGGACCCUUUGGACAAUGACAAGAGUUGCUACAGUGAACGGAAGAAAACACGUAACUUAGAGGCUUACGUGGAAUGGUUUAAUCGCCUCAGCUACUUGGUUGCUACAGAAAUUUGUAUGCCUGUUAAGAAGAAGCACCGAGCAAGGAUGAUCGAGUAUUUCAUUGACGUGGCUCGGGAGUGUUUUAACAUCGGCAACUUUAAUUCCUUGAUGGCAAUAAUCUCUGGCAUGAACAUGAGCCCAGUCUCUCGACUGAAAAAAACUUGGGCCAAAGUGAAGACGGCCAAGUUUGACGUCCUCGAGCAUCAGAUGGACCCUUCCAGCAAUUUCUACAAUUACCGAACAGCUCUUCGUGGGGCGGCACAAAGGUCUUUAACUGCUCACAGCAGCAGAGAGAAGAUUGUGAUACCAUUCUUCAGUCUUUUAAUCAAAGAUAUUUAUUUCCUCAAUGAGGGCUGUGCCAACCGCCUUCCAAAUGGCCACGUCAACUUUGAGAAAUUUUGGGAACUGGCCAAACAAGUGAGUGAAUUCAUGACGUGGAAACAAGUGGAGUGUCCGUUUGAGAGGGACCGGAAGAUCUUGCAGUAUCUGCUCACAGUCCCAGUCUUCAGUGAAGAUGCUCUCUACUUGGCUUCCUAUGAAAGUGAAGGACCUGAAAAUCACAUAGAGAAAGACAGAUGGAAGUCCUUGAGGUCCAGCCUCCUAGGCAGAGUUUAACACACGAGAUGCUGCUGCUGCUGCCGCCGCCGCCACCACCGCCACCGCUGCUGUACCACGCAGGUCAUCGAGGGGCUGGCCUUUGUUUUCCAGGCACCCAAAGCUACAAAAAAAUCAUGACAUCCCCGUGAGCAGGCUCCCUCAAGAGCAGAUGGGGUCCUGAUUCCCCACAGCUGACAGACUGACUCAGAUUUUGUGAGACUGAAAUGUUCACUGAAGACACUGGAGAAAGAAUCCUCUAGAGAUCCCAGCUCUGCAAUGACUCAUCUCCUGGAAUUUCCAUGUGAAUCACGGCUCUGCACCUGGAUGGAACUUUCUUUUGUGUGUGUGUGUGGGUUUUUUUUUUUUUUUAAUUUGGUUCAACAUUUGCUGCUAAUGGGACUUGCCCAGCUGAGUGCUGGCUCUUAGGAAGCCCAUGUUUCUUUGUUAACUUAAAAGAAAAGGGGAGAGGAAGGAGGGGAAGAAAACCCUCUAUUUAGAUCCCAAACUUCAGCUCAGCGGUGUUGCCGAGAGGGGUGAGGCUGGCUGAAUGCCGACGGCAGACUUUGUCUCCCUGAGUUGGACCUGGGUUGUGAAUGCCUCUCCUCCCUGUUCCUACGAGGUUUUGAGUUGGCUGCUGGUUAGCAAACUCCUUUUUACCCAUAUAAGUUAUUUAAUAUAAUAAUGAAGCUCAACACUGUGGUAGGAGAAUAGCCACUAGGAAAAAAAAAAGCAGAGUUUGUCAUUGGACUGCAUACCGUUCUUGAAGGACCCUCUGUUUUCUCUGCCCUUCUGAGCUGUUGACAACUCACCACCGUGUUCUACAGAUGGAUUUUUCAGUAGUUUUUUUGUUACUUAGUUUUCCAUGAUGCCUAUUUGUUUUUCCUCUUGUACAUUUAAAUUAUCUGACUUUAAGGGAAAAAAACCCCAUGGCCUAAUUACAAUUUUUUUUUAGCAGACGGUUAUUUUUCAUUACCUUUUGGAGUCUGUUGGUGACUAAACGUGUGAACAAAGAACACGUUGGAAAAGUUACCCCCAACCUCCCUCCCAACUAGAGCAGUGAACAAAACAAAUGAAAAACAUCUUGCUGUGAACUCAGAGGUCGAUCUAAUUGUGAAAUAGUUCACCUUGUUAAACAUCUAAGUAAGUCUGUGGUUGCUCUGCAAACAGCCAUUGUAUUUAUUUACUCUAGGAGAAACUGUAGAGUAGUAAACUGUGCUAAUGAAAAAAAAGACAUCAUGUUCAAAACAGAGAUGUAUUUGAAACCUUAAUGACAUGAUUUCAAAAAACAGAGCAUGUCUGUAUGCUGCACGCCACCUCAGCAGACCUAAAAUGUCUCUGAGUUGUCCCUUUCCAACGAGCAAUAUAUUUGACACUCUGCGGCCAGGA